AUAAUAAGGCAGACUGCGAGAACCACGAGUAAGAUGAUGAAAUGGUGGACGAACAGAAAAUGAAGAGAAUCUCUUGAGAAUUGGAGAUGACAACAAUGGGAUCGCCGGCGUCGGCAGCCACCAUAAACAUUCCCACGUUAUCGAGCAAACUCACUUCCUCCGUCAUUCCUGGUUUCACAUUUCAAUUUCAAUUUCCAAUCAAAUCGAAUCGUCCUUCACUCUUCAAAGCAUCAAACAGAUUAUAUUUCUCUACGUCCAAGAUCAGAGCUACCGUGGAUCAAAAGGGAGAAUACUCCACAAACUCCGCCUUUUCUGUUCAGAAUGAAGGAGGAAAAUCCAUCGAGGACGUAGAAUGGAGUGUAGAAGUGCUUAAAAAUGCUGCCAAGACAAGAAGAGUUCCAGCAGAAGAAAUUUUAUCUGCCCUCUCUGUAAUUGAGAAGAAAAAACUUGAUCCCUCUAACUUUCUUGAAACUCUGGGUGGAACAGAGUCUCCUGGUAGAACCUGGAUGCUUAUAUUCACUGCUGGGAAAAAGUUAAAGAGUGGUAAAUACUUCCCCAUAACAGCGGUUCAGAGAUUUGAUGCUGCUGGGAAGAGAAUUGAAAAUGGAGUGUAUCUAGGACCAAUUGGUAGUUUAACAUUUGAGGGAAGGUUUUCAUGGAACAAGAGAAUACUCGCCUUUGUUUUCGAACAAAUACGAAUAAAAGUAGGAUCCUUGAAUCCACUGGAGAUAAAUUUGGGAGGGAAAGAUAAAAGGGAGCCAACCAAGGAAGAUCCUUUUUUCAUAUGGUUUUAUAUUGAUGAAGAAAUAGCUGUUGGCCGAGGCAAAAGUGGGGGGACUGCAUUUUGGUGUAGGUGCAGUCGUGUAACCAGUUUAUGAUUUUAUUUUCCAUGUAAAUAUUACUUCCCAUUAAUCAGAUGUGUGAAAAUGUAUGUACUCAAAAUAUAGCAAACUUUAUUUAUCUCAAUUCAGGAUUUAUGUAUUCUAUU